CCAGCGGCGCAGUGUACUUGCCCAGAGUCGUCGAGGAGGUGCCGCGGGAAGCUGACGCGCGCUGUGAGACAACACAGCGAAGAGAGAGGCGACGAGAGAGUGCAGUGUGCCGCGAGAUCGACUAGUUCGGCUAUGAGACGAGGACGGGGAGCGAGCGAGCAUCGCCGGAAGUUGAACGAGUCGCCGGCGCCAUCAGCAGCCCCGUAGUCGCCUCGGGCGCAGGCACGUCGCUGGAAAGUCGGCAAAAGCAGGCCGCCCCGCCGGACGAUCCUCGGCAGCGCAUCCCGAGCGAGCAGGCAGCAACAGCGGCAGCAAAGGCAGACGCAGCCAGCAGCAGGUGCCCAAAGGCUGGUGUUCCACGGACUGCACAAUAGCACCGCUGGUGCCCUCGGCCGUGGGUCCCGGGGGGACGGGCGCCAUGGCGGCUGGCUCCACCACCUCGUCGUCGGGCGAGCAGCAAUACUCCCUUAGGUGGAACGACUUCCACUCGAGCAUACUGUCGAGCUUUCGCCACCUGCGCGACGAGGAGGAUUUCGUCGACGUGACCCUCGCCUGCGACUCCAGCAGCUACACCGCCCACAAGGUCGUGCUCUCGGCCUGCAGUCCCUACUUCCGCAGGCUACUCAAGGCGAACCCAUGCCAGCACCCGAUAGUGAUACUGAGGGACGUGGCCAGCGCGGACAUGGAAUCACUUCUGCGCUUCAUGUAUCACGGCGAGGUGCACGUCGGCCAGGAGCAGCUCGCGGCCUUCCUCAAGACCGCGCAAAUGCUGCAGGUGCGCGGACUCGCCGACGUAAACAACUCGGCCGCCUCCAAGCUGCCGUCCAGCGUGUCCAAUCCCAGCAACGCCAGUGCACCCGCGACGCCGCGAAACCACUCGUGGCAAGAGAGCAUGCGGGCCAACAUAAACGACGGCGGCGUGAGUCCACCGCCGGAGAAGCGGCCAAGGAGUUACUCGCCGUCGCUGGGUAACCACGUUGAGUCCAAGUCGGACAUGCUCCAAGAGUCGCUGCUCGGUCAAGCACUGGAAGGUGGACCGACGAUACACACACCCUCCAAUAACGUUCAGACGCAAUCGACCGGUGAGGACUCGACUUCCAUGUCGGACAACGAGGAGGACACAUCCAACAACGAGAGCAUGUUGAAUUCGGUGAAGACCGAGCCCAACGAGCUCCUGAACGACUCGCUGGAACAUCAUCGUAACGCCUUUCCCGCGGCACUGCUCGGCUUACAAGGACUGAUGCCAGGUCCGUCGGGAAUUCACGCGGCAGCCAAUCAGGACCCAAAUUACGCACGCCGGAGCAUCGACAUCCUGCGAGUGCGAGCAACCGACCCAAGGCCGUGCCCCAAGUGCGGCAAGAUCUAUCGUUCGGCACACACACUGCGCACGCAUCUCGAGGACAAGCACACGAUCUGUCCGGGCUACCGAUGCGUGCUGUGCGGCACAGUGGCCAAGUCGCGCAACUCGCUGCACUCGCAUAUGUCGCGCCAGCACCGCGGCAUCAGCACCAAGGACCUGCCGGUGCUGCCGAUGCCCAGCCCCUUCGAUCCCGAGCUGGCGUCGCGGCUGCUAGCCAAGGCGGGCGUGAAGAUCAGCCCGGCCGACCUGAAGGCCCGCGCCAGCCCCACGGGGCCACGGCGCUCGGACGCUCCGAGGCUGGAGAUCCCGCGGGGCAGCGCGGGCGGCGCACCCUCCGAGACCGGCAGCUCGUUGUGCGGCGGCGACGACCCCGAGGACCUCACGCUGCCGCUCAGCCUCAGGUACGGAUCGCCCACGCCCAAUAACAACACGGUCAUCACCAAGCUGCCGAACCACGCCGGCCAGAGCAACGGCAAGGCUGCGGCAGCAGCGGUCGGCGCCGUGGCCGCCAAGUCGCUGGACAGCUACCACGGCAGCCGCGAGCCGCAGACCGCGCCCUUCCACCACCAUGCGCUCGCCCAGCAGCAGCACAACGCCUCCGCCGUCGCGGGCUCGGUCAUCAUCGACACCUUCUUCCAGAUGAUGGUGGAGAACUCGGGCGGCGCCAUGUCGCAGGAGCAGAUGGCCUACGCCAUGCGCGUGGCCAACAUGAGCGCCAUCGAGAAGCUCAACAGCCGCGCCGAGGAGUACCCGCUGAUCGCCCGCGAAGACGUGCGGAGCCUCGUGCACGACGAGCGCGCCGCCGCCGCAGCCGCCGCCGCUGCCGCCGCCGCCGCUGCCGCCGCCGCUGCCGCCGUCGCCGACGACUCGUCCGCCGCCGAGGAGGACGACUACAGCGACAACGAGGAGCCCGAAGCCCUCAAGGCCGAGUAGAGAGAGAGAGCCGCGGCUGCCCGAGCGAACGCGAAACAAUACUCUGAAAAUACUAAUCUCGUAGGUUUUUAAGGGGCGCCGGACACGCGGACCUUCGACAGCGACGCACCACGUCGACACGCCGAUUUUAAUCAUGAGACUUCAACGACCGCGACCACGACUGUGACCACGACUACGACCGCGACGACGACGUAUCAGGAGACUUUGUAUGCGAACGUGCGUCGGGCAAUGCGACGUCACCGCAGAACGACAGGUCGAUAGUCGGUACAAACAUACCACUUCUUGCCUUCAAGCUCUCUGUUUGAACUCAAACGCUAAUAAAUCAUGAUGCAAGUACAAAUUUUUUCUCCGAUCCGGACAACGAUCAUACGACUAACUCCUCCGCGCAUCGAUCUUUCAAGUAUGAUGAUUCAACGAUAAAAUUAUAACACUUGAAUAACUGUAGUCUU